AUGGGAUCUUACGAGACAAUUUAGUCAGAUCUUUUGAAGCAGCCAGAGUGUGUGCAAGGCUUGUGUGAGACGACUAAAAGGCUGUUAUAGUUGUAAUUUAAGUGUAUUAAACGAAGGUUUACAAGGAGUGGAAAAUAGACAAUUUUCUCUGCAAAGAUGAUGUCAAGGAAGCUCCGUAAUGACACCAACUUGAAUACAAGUGAAGUGGGUGACUACAUAAUCAGUGAUUAUGGCUACGGAAAGGAUAAUGUGAAAUUGUUGCACGUGGUUCGAAAUGGUCCCGUACACUCCAUAAAAGAACUCGAAGUAUGCUCCCAUCUGAAGUUGUACGAUAAAAAGGACUAUUUAUAUGGGGACAACUCCGAUAUUGUGGCGACGGAUUCGCAAAAGAAUACAAUUUAUCUACUUGCCAAAAAGUAUGGGGUUAAAUCCCCAGAGGAUUUUGCCCUCCUACUAUGCGCCCACUUCCUCGGGAAGUACAGCCACGUGAAGGAAGUGUCAAUUCAAGUGGUGGAAUAUCCAUGGAAACGCAUUGGAAGUGGUGAUGGUCCUUUUAAAAACCUCCACAAUCACGCUUUCAUCUUUUCCCCAUCAGCCACGAGAUACUGCACAGUGACUCACGCAAGAACAGAUCCAACUCCAAUUGUAAUCAGUGGAAUUAAGGACCUGCGUGUACUGAAGACAACACAAUCGUCCUUUGUGAAUUUUAUCGAUGACGAGUACAGAUCCCUGCCUGAUAUGAAGGAUAGAAUUUUUAGUACGAUAGUUCGAUCAUCGUGGCAGUAUUCGUCUUGGAAGAACCUCGAUUUUGACAAAAUCCACGUAAGAAUCACGGAGAUUAUUCUCAAGAAUUUUGCCGGAGACGCUGACAAAGGCAUUAUGUCACCAAGUGUUCAAAAUACACUCUAUCUCACGGAGAAGGAAGUUCUCGAUGUUAUACCUGAGGUAAGUUUCUCACACUCAGCACACCUCUUCAUCAUUCACAAUAUAUUUUUGUUGUUGCUUUCCACACUUUCACCAUUCAGUUUUUUUUUUUUUGCUUUCCAAAGUUUAAUAUUUUUACUGGAAAAUUUUAUGAGUCUCCCUCAUGCUGUUCGGCGUGAGAGGGCAGGGGGGGAACGUAUAAAAUUGAAAAACGACCCUGUGGGCUUAUCAUUUUCAUGUGGAAUCGCAGCUUAGUUGGGAAUGUGUUAAAUUCAUCGGUUUAUGUGCAAAAUUUUACAGCAUCAUUACCUAAAAUAACUCCCAAAAAAUACAUUCCAACUUCAUGGCCGCCAUGGGCUUUGUUUCAACUACAUCCGCACGUCUUCCGUGCAUUUUAUCCUUUCUUGUGCACACACCACCCUUUUUUUGGCAAUUCACAUGAUUUCGCUUUUUUAUGUUGCAUCAGAAACAUCCUCUUCAUUUUAACUCACAUCUCAAUUUCUCAGCACGUGCUCUGCUUAUCAAUUUGUUCAUGCAAGCAAGUUUCUUUUGCAAGAUGUGUUGACUAAAAUAUAUAAUUUUCGUAUUUUUGCUCUGACGCAGAUUUCAUCCAUUGAUAUGGAGAUGCCAAACAAACACUACUUCACGGUAGAUCUCAGUAAAUUCCCCAAAGUUGUGCAAGGCACCAAUGAGGAGGUCUUUCUUCCAGUUGAUAAACCCUCUGGCAUUAUCUACGCACAAUUGGAUAGGCGUGAUAUUAAGAGCAAGCUUUAGAUUAAAACUUUCUUCAUAAAUUUAUUGUUUUAAGAACUUUAUUUUUUUGUUUGUUGCUGUAAAGUCUCCCGUCGAGACGUUGCGGUUAAAAUUAAAAGUGCCAAAUUUUUCCAUCAAACACAUUGUGUGAUGAAUGCAAAUAUUUGAAUGGAGGAACGUGGAAUUGCUCAUUUCAACAUGAGGGAGGAUAUUUGCAAUCAAUGUAAUGGUGCCACUUUUGCGGUGCUCGCAUUUCUCUUAUCGCUUACAUUGCACGAUUUGAGACAAAAGUAUUGAUGUUAUGUACAUAAUAUACAUAGAAAUUGGUUAUUUUUCUAGUAAAUUGUGCAAUAUAUUGUCCUUCUGAAAUACAUUUAAAAUGCUCCAUAAUACUUUUUGAGACUCUUUUAAAUUGUUUAUUCAAUAAAUUUUAAUUUCCAGAUUUUUCUCUUGUUUUGUAAUCUCUUAAUAUGUACAAUAAAAUUUUAUUAUCUUUUACAAA